AUGACGGUCAAAUUCUACCAACGAAUUCUAUCACUUUUUACGUUUCAAAUACACAAUAUCCAUACAACACAUAGAAAACCGAUGCUAUCUACUCUGUUUACCAAAUCACAGUUCACAAAUCGACGUGCUGGAAAUGUCGAUGAACUUCCACAACCAAGAAUUCAAAAAAAUGCAGCUUGGAUGCCGUGUUUGGCUGCAGCUUGUAUUGGUGGUGUCUUAUUCGUCAUUGCCGCUGCUAUUGUAAUUGGGUUGAUUCCUCUAUAUUUACCAACGAAAGAUGCUGGUACUGCUACUAAUCAAAAUAGCAAAGUGAGAUAUUUUAAUGCAUCAUUUGCUACCAAUAUUGAUAACGGUGGAUCACCACUUCAAUUAACCGGACAUGACUCAUUAAAUAAACAAAUUAGUGGUUCACUUGACAUCAAAAGUACAACAAUUAGCGUUCAAGAUGCCUAUAUCGGUACUGCUGUGAGUAAAAAGAAGAAGAAACGUCAAACAAGUAAUGGACUAUCAUGUGGAAAAGUCCUAGCUGGAAAUCAAGCUACUACCAAUGGACAAAGUAGCCGGAUAUUUAUUUCAUUUCAUAUUAACUCAUGUCCUAAAACUACAUGUCAAACUGAUGAUUGUCUUGAGAAAUGUUCAAGUGAAAUUAAAUCAAAGAUUCAAACAGUAUUCGGUUCGGGUUCAUUAUCAUUAAAUAUUCAAUUAACAAAUGGAACAAGUCUUAACGCACCAGUUCUGUUUUGUUCCUUCAAUGAAGUUGUAUCAGUAGCAACAACUUUUACAACCGGGACAGUUGCAUCAUCUACAACAACAACAACUGGCUCCACCACCACUACUACAACGGAUAGUACUACCACCACCACGCAUACUACUACCACCACAGAUACGACAACAACAUCAGACACUACCACAACUACUACCGAUACCACUACUACAACGGAUACCACCACUACAACGGAUACCACUACCACCACCACGGAUACUACUACCACCACAGAUACGACAACAACAUCAGACACUACCACAACUACUACUGAUACCACUACUACAACGGAUACCACUACCACCACCACGGAUACUACUACCACCACAGAUACAACUACAACAUCAGACACUACUACCACUACUACGGAUACCACCACAACGACCACUUAA